GGUCUUGAUCUUCAUCUAAGUUGAAGACUCCCUCACCAGGAAGCCAACAGUUGCAUCCCCCGAGACAUUCCUUCAACCAUAAACCGUCCCAGCAUCGCCAGUAUACAGACAUGGCUUACACACAUUGACCGUUGCAUAUCCCCGCCAUGCGUUAAAGAAUGUCCAGGGACCGGAUCCGCUCCUUCUGUCUCAGAUGCCGUCCGGCAAUACGGCUGACGACAACAGUGUCGUCGCGAACGUCACGGCCUCUAUCCACAUGCUAACUAUCAUCACCUCAGAUUUGACCACCGAGCAACGCUUUCAAAUUCAACGUCGUCCAGCUGGGGCGGGUUGUGAUACGGGCAAAUGCGCGUUUCCUUUCUAUGUCGAAAUAUCCUGGAUAUAUCCGUGUAGUCUAUUCUAUGCCUUAUUCUUUUUUUCGUCUUUGCCAUCCCUUCCAUGCAAAUCAGUGAUUCUUCCCGUGCGGCUGAUCAGGUAUAAACAAUUCUCAAUGCCUUUGUCUACCUUUUCAUCCAACCCAAAUGUGCCAUAACAAUUCCAUGUGCGCGUUUAACCCUCGGUGAAAGCCUCGCUCCUAGCCUGCGCAGUGGAGGCGUCCUCGUUGCCAUUGUCC